UAAAUUAAAGCAAAUCAGGAGUAGUGUAUACCUGGAGAAAUUAAAAAGGGGAGGAGUUCACCUUCCUGACUACGACUAUCAGGACUGACCACGACUCCUUACUCCUGUAUAAAAACUCCCAGAGCAGAAAUAUGAUCACAUACUAAUUGAUUCUAGCCUCCUCACUGAUCUUAUCUAAAAUAGGAGAUAGAUAAUGGAAUUGCUUUUCCUUGUUCUGCUCUCUGUGCACAUUGCCAAGACAGCAACAGAAGGUGACAAAGAAUGGUGCUACCUAUCACAAAAAUGGACUCAGUCCGAAUGUGCAGAGCCCGGUGUCUGGGAUACAGUGAAUGAGGAGUGUGGAAAAAAGAAACAGUCGCCUAUCAAUAUUGUCACCAACAAAGUGAAGUACAAAGAGGACCUGAAACCAUUUACUUUUGAAGGCUAUAAUACCAAUCAGUCCUCCCCUUGGCGCAUAGAAAAUAAUGGGCAUACAGUUAAAGUAUCUCUUAGCGGGUCAGCAAAGAUUGGAGGUGGAGGUCUUCGAAAUAAAUACAAUGCGAUCGAGUUUCACUUCCACUGGGGCACAAGCAAAGGAUUCAGCCCUGGAUCGGAACACAGCAUAGACGGAGAGAGAUACGCUAUGGAGCUUCAUAUAGUCCACAGGAAAGAGGGGUUCUCCUCUACAGAGCAGGCAGUGACGGAUAAAGAAGGUCUGGCCGUGCUGGGGUUCUUUAUAAAGACCGGUGCAAAAAAUGAAAACUAUGAACCUCUAAUAGAGAUGUUAAAUGAAGUUGCUGUCAAAGGGUCUCAAAAAAGUAUGACAUCUUUGCCCCUGCAAUCGCUCAUUCCAGCUAAAGAGAAUCUCACACAUUAUUAUCGGUACAAUGGCUCACUGACCACGCCCAACUGCAACCAGGCUGUCGUCUGGACAAUAUUUCAGGAGCCAAUCAUACUGAAGGAAAGUCAGGUGAAGAACUUCUUGGAGACGCUUUACUUCACUAAGGAUAAAACAUUACUCAUGACCGACAAUUUCCGACCUGUUCAACCUCUCAGUGACAGAAUCGUGUACCGCUCUGAUGUCAGUGUCAUCCAGCCUCCUGCAAAGGCUUUAUUGGUGGUCCCAACACUUAUCUAUGUCAUGAGUCUUCUUUUCCAAUGAACACUCGCCAUCCAAUACCAGGUGCUGGGGGGGUUAAUUUUUUGUUUCAAGCACUUUUCUCCAGUUGAGAAGCCCUAGACUACAGCUGAUUUUACAACAUAGACUUGGUGUUUUUCCUAACGCUUAUCAAUAGGAAUCUUUAUAUAUAUAUAUAUAUAAAUAAAAAUCGACAGCCCUAUAUAUAAUAAAUAUUAAUAUAUAUACUAUUGAAUAAUAAAAUACUAGAACUGUUCAGGUAAUGAUGUUUCCCCGUGUGGAAUUUUUCUUUGAAUUUUUUGGGGGGGUUUCAUCAAAACCCUCCAGUUUUUUGGUUUAGAAUUUAUAUUUUGUGAACAUUUCCAUUUUGUUGGGGAAAAAAAUGUUCCAAUGAAAACAUUUUGACUAAUUCUAUAAAAUACUCCCACACUUUAUAUAUAUAUUUAUAUAGAUUGGACUAACAAUCUGACCGGUAUAGUAACUCCUAUUCAUAUAUAUAUAUAAAGGGGGUUGUUCUGGGAUUUGUGUUGAUAUCUUCAGAGCUUAUCCAACCACACACUGGAAAGCCCAAUACACUCUGAAGAUGUGUUUCUCCUGUUAAAUUCUGAUCACCUCAACAUACAGAGAGAUGCAGUGUCUCGGAUUAAACCAGCUGAUUUAAUCCUUUGAGCCAAUGUAAUGUAACAUGUUGCAGCCUCUUGGUGAAUUUUAAAUCUUGGCUAUCUCAAAAAGGGAUUUUAUACUGGGAGUGCAGAGUUAUGCCUUUUUCUUUAGGGCUAUGUUUGUGUACAUGACACUAUAAUAUCACAUCCAUAUUGUCACUCAUAUGAGAGAUGUACAAGGUGCCUGGACACAUUUUACUAAGGGCGAAUGGCAGGGUGGGAAAUUAUUUUCUUCUCUACUGUAUGUAUUUAACAGUCGAUUAUGAAGACUUGAAAACCACAAUGGAAAAGCAGAUUGAUAUUUAUACCUUUAGGAGAAUAUCCAAGACUGUAAUUGUAUUUUUAUAUUAUUUAAGAGAUUUCGAGAACUGAAUAUAAA